CAUUUGCGAAACACUCGACAGAGGAGUUUUUCCUCGGGGAGAACCACGUACUCCCUUCACCGAGUGUUGAAAUUGACAAGCAAACAAUCACAAUUAAUUAAUUAUAUAAGCAAAGCACAUCACGAUGUCGAGGCUUGCGUUUUUACAGGGCAUGCUCCUGGCGCCGGUAGCAGCCCAGUCGACGGGACUUGUGACGCUCUUCCUGCCCGAUUCCGAACCUCUGUCGCUCGACGCCUCGGCGGUCGGGGUCAGCACCGUCGGCAGGGACCCGGUCACGACGUGGAAGGUGGCCUGCCCGACCGGGGCCUCGCCGGAGGACGAGGCGUGCCGGGCGGCCGGCAUCUAUCCGGCCCAGGUGUACCACACGCAAGGGUCGGUCUGGGGCGGCACGACGACGUACUCGGCGGACGACAGCACGACCACGUGGGUGUGCACCCUGGGCGGCUCCAACCCCACGCUCUCGGGCGAGUGCACCAAGACGAUCGUGAGGGGGCGCUCGACGCGCUCCGAGACGGCCACCUACGACAACUGCUAUGUGGCCGCCCACCAGCGGCCCAUCAUGGUGACGGCCGGGCUAGACAAGAUCAGUUACUACCAGACGACCAUCGAGGCCAGCGACUAUGUGUCGAUGCGAAGCAGCCAGCUCUCCGAGGAUGGGUGUCCGUCGAGCAAGGCGAUCAUCUGGGAAGGGGCGGUUACGUCUUCCAGCACGAUUACGGGCAGCGCGGGUCACGGCACGGCGCACGCGACGGCCUCCUCGACUUUGACCGGCGGAUCUGGGACUGCGCCGACCGCCCCUGCUACUGUGCCGACGCAGACAGGCACCAGCUCGGGUUCGGCACCGGCGUCUACGACUUCUCCGAACGGAGCAGGGACGGGCGGGCAGGUUCAUCCAAUGGCAGCUCUUUCACUUGGAAUGGGAGUGAUAUUGAUUGCUGGUCUGGUUUUCUAGAAUGUGUCGGGCUGUAUGUUCAUCGUACGUGUUCUGGGGAUGGGAUGCAUCCUUGCAUGUCUCCCGUUCGCAAUGAAAGCAAAGUCGUUCUAGUUAGGU